AUGGUAGUGCCACUGGUAAUCACUAUUGAAAAUGGAGUUGCUGCUGGCAUUGAUGCCAACAAGCGCUGGCAAAAGCAUGAUCUCAAGGGUUUCAACCAGUUAGGCAAGGGCUUCUCGGGAGUCCGUAUCUACCUCCAUCCUUACUUGGAACUUCCUUUUUCCCUCCAACGCUGCCCCCAGACUCUGCUAAUGGCCACCUUGGCAAAAGAGCAUCUGCUGGCCUCGCAAAAAGGUGGAAGGCUCUCGGCUGACUUUGGUAGAAAGCUGGCUCUGGUCUCCACAGAAAGUUCACUUGGUUUUGUCAUAAGGCACCUUCAUGAAAAAAAUAUUCUCCACUUUUCCAUACAUCAUUCCCACUUUAUAUUGCUGCUAAUGACUCUGAUGCUGCUAAUUCUGAAUUUAUAUCAUAUAACGUAUGAUAAACUUCAGGUUAUUGGAUCUGAUUCCAAAUGGAAGUUUAAUCACACCAUAGGGCAGAAAGUGGAAACCAGGAAUCUCCAUUGGACUGACAGGCUGGUGCAAUAUGGCUAUCAGAAUCACAGCUUCACCCCUGAAGAAAGGUCAGAGGGAACGUUCCUUAUGAAAAUGAUCGAAUGGCCAAAACCACCCAACUCUUCUGUGCCCUUUCAGAAAAGCAGCAAACCAGCCUGUGUUGGCUUUGUAAUUUUAAAUUCUGCAAAGACUUUCUAUGUGGGAGAUCAGUUACAAGUGAUGCUGCAGAUGUAUGAUUUUGAAGGUCACCCAAAGCGAUAUGGAGGUGACUAUCUCCAAGCUCGGAUCCACAGCCCAGCUUUAAAAGCUCGUUCAGCAGGAACGGUUAUAGACAACGAAAAUGGAUUUUACUAUAUCAAUUUUAAUUUAUCUUGGCCAGGGAAAGUUGAAGUUUUUGUUUUAUUAGUUCAUCCCAGUGAAGGGAUCCAAGCACUUGAAAGACUACGUGAGGAAUGGCCGGAAAGAGUGUAUUUAAAAAGUACCUUCAAAUAUCAUGGUGCUGCCUCUGAGAUCAGUGUGUGUAAUCUUUGUUUGUCUCAAUCUCAACCACUCUGUAACUUUACUGAUCCCAGGACUGGGGAGCCCUGGUUCUGUUACAAACCAAAGAAGCUUCCCUGCUAUGCUCGUAUCAACUAUUUUAAAGGAGGUUAUGAGAAAAAUCUCUUAAUUGGAGAAGAGAGCCGUUAUUUCCAAAGUAAUGUCAAUAUCAAGAAGCCCAUAUUACCCAGAGCACCAGGGUAUGUAAUGGUGGAACCUUCACCUCAACCAACUCCGGCUCUUGGAGAAUGUGUCCGGGGACAGCCCAUGGUGUCACCAUCUGGCUUUUAUUAUCAGGACCAGUGGAUGUCAACGACCUGCAAUAUUCACCGUUUUGACACUCCUGCAAAAAUUAAAGAAUGCCUCCGUAGAAAAAUUGUCUGCUUGCUUGGAGAUUCCACCAUGCGACAGUGGUUUGAGUAUUUGACUCAAUUUGUCCCAGAUCUCAAGAUAUUGGACCUUGGAAAUCCUGUAAAGGUGGGCCCCCAUCUUGCUGUGAACUUGGAGAACAACAUUGUGGUAGAAUAUCGCCCUCAUGGUCCUCCGAUCCAAUUCAACUCCAUUGCAAGCCAGCACCUGCAACUCAUUUCAAAUAAACUGGACGAGAUUACAGGAGGGAAAAACACAGUGAUAGCCAUUACCUUAACGGUCCAUUUCACCCCUUUUCCUGUCAAAGUCUACAUUCGGAGAAUACAGAAUGUCAGGAGGUCAAUUCUACAGCUACUUGACAGGAAUUCAGAUACACUGAUUGUAAUAAAGACGGCCAAUGUGCGGGAAUAGCCCCCACAGAUCAUUACCUAUUACAGUGAUUGGUACGCUUAUCAGAUUGAUUCAGUGAUGAGGAAGAUGUUCACAGGCAUCAAUGUGGUAUUUGUAGAUGCCUGGGAGAUGACAAUAGCACGUUACCUUCCUCACAAUAUACAUCCCAGCAACAUUAUUAUAAAGAAUGAAAUAGAUGUGUUUCUUUUAUAGGUGUGCCCCUCUAUA